AUGGAUUAAAAAUCAUCUGCUUUUCAUUUAUACAAAUAAACUCUAAUUAGACGUACUACAGUGCCCAUUUCUUAAGUUUAUUCUUAUGAUGCUAAAGAUGUAAAUAUUUUUGCUAUGUAUAAAUUUAGAAAAUUGGACAAGGAGCUUAUGGAAGUGUUUUCAAAGCAAUACAUAAGGUUUCAAAAUAAGUGAGAGCUGUAAAAGUGAUCAAUAAACUCAACAUUAAAUACAAAGAAAGAUUAUUAAAUGAGAUAACAAUAAUGGAGCUAUUAGUAUGAAAAUAACAUUAGCAAUUUAAGGAUCAUCCAAAUAUAUUGAGAGUAUUUGAAACAUUUGAAGAUAAUGAAAAUUUAUAUAUGAUCUUAGAGUAAGAUAUGAAUUUUAGCUAGAAUCUGUUAAGGUGGUGAUGUUUUUGAUAAAGUGUUAGAAAAAGGAAAUCUAUCAAUUGAUGAAGCAUUUAAAGUUUAUAUUCAAUACAUGAGAGCUGUUAAUUAUUAUUAGAGCUUCAAAAUUGUACAUAGGUAUAUAUUAUAUAAAUUAUAGGGAUUUGAAACCUGAAAACUUUUUGUUUUAAAAAAAGGAUGAUAUGAAUACUUUAAUUGUAAUUGAUUUUGGAAUUGCCAAAAGAGGUGUAGAUAAAUUAAAAACUAAAAGUGGCACAGUAUACAUUUAAUUAAUUAUAUAUAGGCAUAUUAUGUUGCUCCUGAAGUAUUAGAAGGAUCUUAUGAUUCAAAAUGUGAUAUCUGGUCAUCUGGAGUCAUAUUAUAUGUUAUUUUAUGUGGAUAUCCACCAUUUUAUGGAGAAAAUGAAAAGGAAAUAUUAACUGAAAUAAGAAAUGCUUAAUUAUAAUUCGAAGGUUGUUAUUGAUAAUUAUACUAUAGGUGAUGAAUGGCUUUAAAUACCAUAAGAAAUUAAAGAUUUCAUUAAACUUUAGAUAUGUCAUGCAGGUUAAAGAUUAACACCAAAGGAAUUGUUAUCAAAUAAACUAGUAGAAAAAUUCAAUUAAAAAUUUUAAAUUGAUUAAAAAUUGAUUUCCAUGUUGACAAUAACAUAAUGGGUAAAGUUUCAUCCAUUGAAAAGAUUGGGUUUAUACUAUUUAGCAACCUAAAUCAAUUCAUCAGAUCUUAAAUAAUAGAAAAUGGCAUUUUUCUUAAUUAAUACUUCUUAAUCUGGGUUAAUUACUUAAACAGAAUUAGCAUCAUAUUUAAAGGUGAACAAAUAGGAUAUAUAAAAAAUAUGGUCUUAUUUAGAUUGCAACAAUAACGGUUAUUUAGAUUACUUUGAAUUUAUUGCAAUUACUUUGACUCCACAAGAUUAUAAUAAUCAUUUACAAUUAAUUUUUGAUUUUUUAAGUUAAUAAGAAAAACUUAUCACACAAAAAACUAUAAAAUCAAUUUUUGAUUAAAAUGCUAAUUUAGACUAGAAAUGGAUUUCAAUAUCAGAUACAAAAAGUAAUCAUCAAAAUACACAUGAUCACCAAGUUAAUGUUAAAAAUAUUUUAGAAAAAGAUGUUGAUUUUGCUGGUUUCAAAACCUUAAUGGGAUGA